AGGAGUUCAUUUGGAUUGUGGUGCGUAGAGGUGUUAGCAUGUGGGGUGUUCCGUGUCGGUGGUAAAGUAUUAGUGAUAUUUCUUUUCUCUCAGACCUUUUAAUAUUCUAUGCGUUCUAAUCUAUAGAAGAGUUGCAUGGAACAGACUAUUUAGGUAGGACAAGUGUGUGUGUUUUCGAAUAAUUGAGAUGGACGCCCACGUGGAAGAAAGUGAUGAAAGAUCAGUGGAAAGAACGUUGACUGCAGAUGAACGCAGCAAAUUAGAGAAUCAAAAUAGCAGACUAGUUCCUCAGUUUCUGGCAACGAAAUUAGAAUUAGAAGCAAAGAAGAAUUGGGAUCUUUUUUAUAAACGAAACGACACGCGUUUUUUUAAGGAUAGACAUUGGACUGUUAGAGAAUUCAGUGAAUUAUCAGAGUGUUCUGCAAGUGAAAAAUCGAAAGUUCUUUUAGAAGUGGGUUGCGGAGUGGGAAACUUCGUUUACCCAUUAAUUGAGGAGAAAUUGAAUUUGUUCAUUUAUGCAUGCGAUUUCUCACCGAGAGCAAUAGAAUACGUGAAGUCGCAUUCGUUGUACGAUGAGACGAAGAUAAAAGCGUUUCAGGUGGACAUAACAACUGAUGAAAUAUUUCAUUAUUUACAAUGUGGAUCAGUAGAUAUUGUAACAUUGGUCUUCGUACUUUCUGCUAUUCAUCCAGAUAAGUUCUUGCAAACAUUGAGGACAUUAUUUAAAUUGUUGAAGCCAGGAGGAAUUAUGUUGUUUAGAGAUUAUGGUCUUUACGACAUGGCACAACUCAGGUUUAAAGCAGGAAAUAAAAUAGCGGAAAAUUUUUAUAUGCGCCAGGAUGGUACAAGGAGCUAUUACUUUUCGGUUGAAGAAGUUCACCAGUUAGUGAAAGAUGCUGGAUUUCAAGUAACCACUAAUUCAUACAUUCACAGGCGAACAGUUAACAGAAGGGAAGAAAUUGAUGUACCCAGAAUUUUUAUUCAAGGAAAAUUCAGAAAAGUUCCUCCAUAAUAGGGUAGAGAGAGCAGCAGUGUCAAAAUAGUGCUGCAGACAAGUUAUUUGGAAUGAUGAAUUGUGCUGUGUCUUAUGGCACUCCAUGGAAGAAUUUGGGUUUGGCAGAUGCCUGGUGAAUGUUACCUGCGAUGUCCACUAUUAGAUGCCUGGAUACUUCUGAUCAGAAAUGUAAAUAUAUUACAUAUGUGAUGUGGAAGAAAAGGCCAUAACAUUUUGACACAUGGUGUGAAUGCAUGGGUAGACUUCUAUCUGUACUGUUUGGAUAGUGAAUUUUGUGUGCCAGCUGGUCUCGAUGGAAAUUACAUUAAAGAUGGAGAAGUGAAUUGGGUGCAAUGAAUUAAAGAUGGAACACAGGGGCAGUUCCAGUAAUUUAAGGUGAAUGCUGUGCCAGUAACACGAAGGAUAAAUAAUGGAAAUCUUGUAGGACCUAAUGACAACUAUAUGGACUCUACUUCAACUGACAACGUAUCCUGUGAAUCUUCACAUCUGGCUGUAUAUGGUGACAUCUAUGAUGUGUCAAUUGGGCGAGGACACACCAUUAAGAUAUUACUUAGCCUAUGUCAUGAAAGUUUUGUGGAAACAAGAGACUCAUUUUGAUUAUUGGAGAGUGUUUGAGGUUUUCUUAGAAGCUGUGAAAUUAGUGGCAGUUGGUACUUCUGAUGUUAUUACGUUCUGAAAUGUCUGAAGCUUCUGCAAUUUGUAGAGAACUGGAUGGGUAUAUUUGUGCAGCAUGUUAGGAGAAAUUGUAUAAUUGAAAUGAGGAUGAUCACAUCCACACCAUUCACGAUGGCAGUUACUCCAUGAGGUGAUCCUGGUGCAGAUUCAGAUUUAGCCCACUGCUUUCAUCACAUAGCAAAAAACUUUAGGAAAUCGUGAAGGAUCACAGCAACAUUGGACAUUGUCUGGCUCAAUGUACUUCUCUGUAUGUUCAGGAGGUAUGGCAACAGAAAAAUUUGGUUUAGAGGAAGUACCAGGGGAUUACGCACUGAACCUGAAGCUUUACAGUGGGCCUCUAGCUUUGCAAGACAUUUCACACUAUUGGAAGGGGAAGAAAGCAGAGCUGUUUCUGAAUGUAUCAAAGGAGUCCAAAAUAAUGGAAUUGGUUUACAGCCUCAUGGCCGAAGGGAACCAAUCUUUCGGAAAGGGAGCAACCCUACGGCAAUCACGAAUAAGGUCUUAUCCAUUCUUCUAAAAUAUAACUGUAUUUCAUCUGAAAAUUUGUUUUAUAAUAAUUACAUGUGAUUAUACUAUUAAUUUGAUUGAUCCAAAGUUUGCCCAAUUUUUUUUCAAAUGGGGUUAGAAUUAUAAAACAAAAUUAUCAAUGAUUUGAAUUGAGAGGUACAGAACAUAUUGUCAUCUGGAUAGGAAGAAAAUGUAUUUUGUAACAUAUGGUAAUACUGUUACCAUUUUGGUGAUUCACUUUCAUCGCUAAAUAAAUUCCUCUUUAUUCAAUGUGAUGAGUAUACUGAUAAAGCAUGUCAAUUUCUGACAAAUUUAGUUUCUUAGUUCAAUAAAAAAGGAUGGUAUCAAUGAAAAAAAGACGAUAAUGUUGAUGUAGAUGUACCUAAUACAAAAUUAAAUAUAUUAUGUGUUGUUGGUACUCCAAACAGUAGUAAAAAUUGGUUCUUUGACUUCUGAAUCUCUUGCAUUGCUUGUUGGCCAUAUAGAAAGGUGUAAUAACAAAACUAAUGAACUGGCAUUACAAGUUGCAGUAAAUGGACUGCUAAUUAUUGGUAAUGAAAUAUCAAUUGAAGGUGGUGCUCUAGAAGCUUUUUAAAAAAGUAUGUGAAGGAAUUGCUUGUAAUGUUAGAAUGAAGUUAAGAGGUGGCCAAAUUUUGUGAUGUACACGUUUUACUAAUCAGUAAUUCAGAAGUAAUCAGAAUUUCAGAACUAAUAAGAAUUUCAAAAGUAUUUGUGUUACAUAUAAACGGAAAGGUAUGAAGAAUUAAAACAUGCUUGUAAAAAGCCAUAUCCAGUGGCAUUCUUCCAAUUAUUGGAAAUGUGUAAUGUGUCUUAUUAAAUGGAUUUGGCAUUUGGGAAUGGAAAUGGAAACAUUGUAUUUUGAGCAACAAUAAAUGCUUAUUCACAAAA